GUCCGCCAGUCAGUUUUCUUGUUCGGCGACAUUUCUGUUGCUGCUGUUUCGUGAAUCGAGUCCUGUGAACACUUUUUCACCAGAAAAUUGUGCGUAAAUCCAGUUCCCGUAGUAAAAUCGCGUAGGAAAACAACCGUGCAAAAAUGGCUCUGCCAUUCAACGCAAAAGCCCUCUCGAAUCGGGUGUUCCUGAACAAAUGUUGCACCAUUUGGAGACCUUACGUCAGCACCAGCGGCGGCAGCAACUCGAUUGAAGGGGGCCGUGCCAGCAAUCCGGAUGGGCCCACCUUCAAUGUUCCGUCGAAGGAGAUAGUCACUCCGAUGCCGCCGCUCUCGCAGCCCAUACCGGACCUGCCCCCGGUUCAGUACGCCCGGCCCAACGAUCAGGGCGUCCCGACGCAGGUCACUCGGCUGUCCAAUGGGCUGCGGGUCGCGUCCCAGAAUCGGUUCGGACAGUUCUGCACCGUCGGGGUGGUAAUCGAUUCCGGGCCACGGUACGAGAUGGCCUACCCCAGCGGAGUGUCGCACUUCCUGGAGAAGCUGGCGUUCCAGUCGACGCAAUCUUUUGGCGAAAAGGACGUUAUUUUCAAGGAGCUCGAGAAGCACGGUGGGAUUUGCGACUGCCAGAGCUCGCGGGACACGUUCGUGUAUGCGGCCAGCGCCGACAGUCGGGGACUGGAGUCGGUGUCGCGCAUUUUGGCCGAUGUCGUGCUGAGACCCAAAUUAGCCGACGACGAAGUGGACCUAGCCAGGCAAUCGGUAAAGUUCGAACUGGAAACGCUGGGAAUGCGCCCCGAGCAGGAACCGAUUCUGAUGGACAUGAUCCAUGCGGCAGCAUUCAGAGACAACACUCUGGGACUGCCGAAGCUGUGCCCGCUGGAGAAUGCUGACAAGAUAGACCGCACUAUGCUGCUGAACUAUCUGCGGCAUCACCACAGCCUGGACCGCAUGGUACUGGCCGGGGUCGGCGUUGCCCAUGACGAUUUGGUACGAAUGGCGGAAAAAUAUUUCGUGGAAGGAUCGGCCACAUGGGAGAUGGAGAAGGUCGCUGCCAAAGAUCCGUCCGGAGUGGACACUUCCAUUGCCCAGUACACUGGAGGUUCCAAGCUGGUGGAAUGUCCCAUUCCGGUGUAUGCGGCAGUCGGCUUGCCAGAGUUGGCCCACGUGGUGAUCGGACUCAACGGAUGCUCCCAUCAGGACAAAGAUUUCAUUGCCGCUUGCGUGUUGAACAUCAUGAUGGGCGGAGGAGGUUCCUUCUCGGCAGGCGGUCCCGGCAAGGGCAUGUACACUCGGCUCUAUACGAACGUUCUGAACCGUUACCACUGGAUGUACAGCGCCACGGCGUACAACCACGCUUACGGUGAUUCCGGUUUGUUCUGCAUUCACGCCACUGCCCCCCCGACGCACAUCCGAAGCCUGGUGGAAGUCAUCACUCGGGAGCUGUACACGAUGCAGGCCCGUCCGGGCGAUCAGGAACUGCGACGGGCAAAAACCCAGCUGCAGAGUAUGCUGCUGAUGAAUCUGGAGGCCCGGCCGGUUGUCUUCGAGGACAUCGGACGGCAGGUUUUGGCCACCGGCGAGCGCAGGCGGCCGGAACAUUUCAUCCAGGAGAUUGAGAAAAUAACUGCCGAGGAUGUUCAGAACGUGGCCCGGCGGUUCCUGGCGUCGCCUCCGGCUUUGGCCGCCCGAGGCGAAAUCAAGGGCAUUCCGGAUGUGAAGGACAUCCAGACGGCGCUCGGUGGCGAGGGACGACUGCCCGGCAACCGGCGGUUGUCAUUGUUUAGGUAAGGUCCAGACAGAGAUCGGGACAUUUUGUGGACGAUGAUGGAAGAUGGACGAUGUCUUCUCAGCGUGAGUCAAGUGGAACCGAAACUGUGAGUACUCUAUAGGAUGUUAGUUGUGUAAUGAUGAUUGUGCUUUAUUUGCCUGCGGGAACUGAUUACAAGUUUAUUUUAAAAUAUAUCAAAUCUUAAAGGAAACGA